GUGAACUCACGGUCACAGCAAGAUUAGGAUCGUGUUUACGUUCGCAUUGUGGCUGGAUGUGGCUGUCAGGAGUGGACGCGGCAAUCCAUUCAUCCAGACUUAUAUUACGUAAAGAAAGAAAGAAUAAGACUAAAUAAAUAAUUGGAGGUAGACAAAGAAAGGGAAGUAUUCUGGAUCUGGUGAGUAGGCGGCGAUGCAAAGGCCAUAUUGGUGACAAGCAGACCCCUGGCAUUGACCUUAAGAAUCACCACCACACGGGACCUUCCUCCAGGGGACUAGUUAACUUACCAUCAGCUGACUCAUCUACCACCACUACCUCGCCCUCAUCACACCCCAAAUCAGAGAAAGACCCGUGAAGUAGUGACAGUGUAAACAGUGAACAGCUGGUGGCAGUACACCGGCGCUACAUUCGGGUCUGCAACUUUUUCAUCUCUUAAUAUUCGUCAUUGGAGUGGUUUUUAUUCCACAGUCAUCAUUGUUUGCUGGUUUAUUUCGGAGAACAUGAAUGGGGUAAGCUGCCAACCACUUCUGGAUCGGUUGACCUUUGCAUUAGUGAAGACCGGAGUCAUCAGUGAUCUCUCAAAAAGGAAAACAGAGUUGGAAAAAAUCAAGUUUUGCUUAGGAGUUGAAGUAACAUAUUCUGAUGUCAAGAUUAAUGUUCAAGAAGAGAUUCAAAACCUGUUGGAUGCACUCUAUGAUAAGUGUGAAGACCAUAGUAAAUCUGAGGCCCUGGCAAUGAAAGCAAAGAACCAAGGAUCUAAGGCGUAUUUGAAGAAAAAAGACAAAGAAGCAUUGAAUUGCUUCUCUGAAAGCAUAUGUUUAGCACCAGCAGAAUCUUCAGUUCUACCACUUGCACUGGCUAAUAGAUCAGCUGUGCUCUACCAGAUGCGCAGAUACAAGGAAGCUUUGCAAGACAUGGAGUGGGCAGAGGGUGCGUGUUAUCCUGCAGCUCUCAGGCACAAGUUGUUAGUUCGUCGCUGUCGAUGUUACCUUUCCAUGGGCGACAUAAAGAAAGCAAGAGAAGUUUUAGAGGCGUGCAAUAAUCACAUUCACUUAGUUCCCCUUGAGGCCAAAGACAAGUACGAGAUGGAAGUUGCAGAUCUAAAGCAAAAGAUAGAGAACCACGUCCCCACUAGCAGUACAAUCACCUCCCAAGAAAAUUUGCAGCAGCCUUCCUUGUAUGGCGGAGAAAAUGAGACUGUGAAGUACAUCACCAAUGCGUUUGAGAUGAAAGAAAAUGACAAGUAUGGCCGUCACAUUGUUGCUGUUGAGGAAGUCAGUAAAGGGUCUGAAGUGUUUGUUGAGAAACCUUAUGCCGCAAUCCUGCUUCCUGAACAUCACAAGACACAUUGCCACUCUUGCUUCUCAAGACUUUUGACUUCAUUUCCAUGUAGCGGUUGUCGUGAUGCAAUAUUCUGCAAUGAAGAGUGCAGAAGGGCUAGUAGACUGUGGCAUCAGUACGAGUGUGGGAUCCUUCACAUCCUCUCCUCAGUCGGCAUUGCUCAUCUUGCCCUGAGAAUCCUUCUUAUCACAGGAUGGAAACUCCACUGUUAUAUCAGAGAAGAGGUGGUUGAGGGCAAAGUAGCAGGAUUUGGAGAGAAGGGAGUGUACAAUGGCCCAGACCUCAUUGAUAGGUAUCGGGCAGUCUUCCAUUUACUGCCACACUUCAACUCUUGCCUCCUUGAAGAUCAACUUCAGUAUUGUCUGGCAGCCAUCCUUCUGGCAACUGCAAUUUCUGAUAAGACAAAUUUCAUAAAAGAGAACAUGGAUGAGAAUGGCGAGAAAACAGACCUUGAUGUGCCCCAUCUGGCCUCAGCAGUGAUGCGACACAUUGCUCAGCUGGUGUCCAAUGCUCAUGCAAUUACUCAGCUCAUGCCAUCAGACAGUGGUGGACACAGCAGAGUGGAGCAGAUUAAACAGAUAAGAGUUGCGUCUGCCAUAUACCCAACAGCCAGCAUGAUGAACCACUCCUGCAAGCCAAAUAUAAUCAACAGUUUCUACAAGGAUGUUUUAGUGAUUCGUACAACAGAGGACAUCAAGCCGGGUGACCAAGUCAGUAAUUGUUAUGGACCACAUUAUUGUCGCCAGACUCGGGAAGAACGGCAAGAGGCAUUAAAGCAGCAGUAUUUCUUUACUUGCAAAUGUGAACCAUGCACUCAGCCAAAGUACAUGAAAAGUGAGGCAAGCUGGAGUGGAUUUUACUGCGAAAACUGUGGUGGAGCAUCUUCAUGGAUGGGGAAUGAGGACCCUGGUGGCUGUAAUACUGAAAAUAAUGAGGGAGUUCUUCUUUGUCUGCAAUGCCACAGGGUGCAGCGCCCAUCAGCACAUCUUGUAUAUACUUGCUCUAGAGUUAAUUCUCUUCAUGAAUCUGGUGAAGAGGCCAUUAGAAAGGGCAACUUGCCAGAUGCUGUGAGUCUUCUCAGAAAUGCCAUUCAAAUAGGAUCAAAAGUUUACUUGCCUGAAAACCAGUAUUUUCUCCGUGUGAGGGACACAUUGGCUAGAGCUCUAGCAGAUUCAGGUGACUAUGAAAACUGUACUCUGGAAUUACAAGAAUGUCUGCAGUUUAUGGAGCAACGUUAUGGACCAGAGAGCAUUGAACUGGCACAUGAGUUUCUGAAAUACUCAGAGGUGUUGGAGUUAGCAGCUGCAGUUAAUGACAAGCUUCAAGAUGAACUAAGAAUGGUGAAAAAAAGAAUUAAUGACAUAUUCACUUUGAACUAUGGACCACAGUGGAAAAUAUAUCUUAGUACUUGUGCAGUUAAGUAGACACAUGAUAUCUAAUCUUUUUGUAUGAUUUCUUACUUUCAUCUUUUUAAACUCUUGGUUCUUCAUUCUAAUGUAUGAUUUAACUUACUUACAUUUACAUAGCGUUCAUCUGGUGCAAGCAAUAAUUGUUCACUGAAACUAUUUAUCAGCAAUGAUAAAUUGUUUAUUGAGAGUGAAGUCAAUGUGGUUCCUGUCCCAAUAGCUACCUAGAUAGGAAGCUUAAGUGGUAUAAUUGUAAUAUAGCAUAGUGAAUGAAAUAAGACCAGUUCUAGUCCAGUGAAUUCGAAACAAUGCCAAAAUCAAACUUCUUUAAAAUUUUAAUCAUAAACCACUCUUCAUCUUCAUCUCUUGUGACUAUCAAGUACUUGCUUUGUGUUAGGCAGCUCUCCAUCAUAAACCAUUAUCCACUGUACAGUAAAACACUAGUUUGCUGACGGACUACUACUGAAAACACUGCUAAACUGAAAUCCUGUAUACAGAGUGAACAAAAGAUUCAAUGGUAAUGAGCAGUCACUGGCAGUUGCAUUCUUCUACCUUAUUGAACUUUAGCUGAUACACAAACUUCGGGAGGAUCAAAGAAGAAAUUAUCGUCUUUUAUUCCAUCUAAAUUCAUAUUUCCAAGUUGAGCAUCAGGCAACCAAAAAUGAAGAUAGAAUAUUGUAGAGGAAUCAAUAAAUAGAGUCACCAAACUGGAAAGCUUGCUGUAACUUGUGUAGCAUUAUAAAAUGAACAUGUGAACUGAUGAUGAAUGUUAUUUUUGUGGCAACCAUAGAGUAAUUGAUAGUUUUAGUGGAAAUCAUGGUCAUUCAUGUUCAUCUCCAUAUGUGACACCUGGAUCUCUCAAAGAGCCUCUCAUCAUUGUUGUUCCUGCAUUAGUAAAUCUUGAAUAAACUCA